AUGAAGCUGAGGAAUUCACAGAUCAAGAAGGUAUCUCCGCAGAGGGAAAAUUCAGUGCAACGCUUGAAGAAUUUUAGGGAGGCCCUGGAGAGGAAUGCCCUGCUGUUCUCUAUGCGGCAGGGGAAGGUGCUGGAAGUCUGCCCCAGGGCAGGGGAGGCUGCGUGGACGCUCAACAUCAAGAGGGCCAUACUGAGCGUGCUCCAGACCUCUCACACUGGGGAGACACAGGAAAUGGUGGAAGAGACAGACAUUCAUGGAACCUGCUGGAGCACCUAUGAAAGGAGGGGGCCACUGCUAGUAAAAACACGAAACCUUCAGCAGUGUUACCAGGACAGGCUGGCUGAUUUCUGGGUGCACUCUGUCCCUCUCGCUGACACCACGGCCUUGGAGUCCAGGGUGAAGUGCUUUCAGCGCCAUAGAGACCAGGCCAUGGAAGAGGUCAACUGUACGGAGACAGUCAGUCUAGCCACACUGUCUGGCCCAUCAGGUGGGCCACACACUGAGACUGUGACCACUCUCACCCUUCUGAGGGCCCAGGAUGGGGUGCGAGUGAGUCCAGAUGCAGUAGGCCCUGUGUAUUCCAGCAAUUUGAGGUUCAAGCAACCCCCUGGAGUCCCAGGUCAGGGCAGUAAACAGACACCCGCUGAGUCCUCUGACACAGUGAGAAAGCUCUGUGCCUUAAAAGGGGACCAUCAGAAGCAGGCAGCCCUGUUCCUACGCCUGGUGUUCCAGCUGAGGGCGCUGUCCAGGGACCAGCUGCAGGAACUGUGGCUGGAGGCAUCCUUCAAGUGCCGUGAUGAUUGGCAGCCUCUACUGGACGCCCUGCCAGCGUGUGGCUCCGAGGCGUGCAUCUCCAUCAUGACGGACCUCAUUCUGGGCGGCGAGGUGGAAGAAGAACGGGUGUCCUCCUUCCUCUCCUCCUUUGCGUUUAUUCCCCACCCCACCCCCGCCAUGAUUCGUUCCAUCAGUGCUUUACUGAAGUCUCCAGAGGUUGGAUCUGGCACCCUUCUGGCUGUGUCUGCAAUGGUCCACUCCCUCUGCCAGAGGGCACGGUCUCCAUGCAGCCUCUUCCCUGAGGUUCAGCAGCUCAUGGAUAUGCUGAGGGAGAUGCUGGGAAAAGACUGCAAGGAUGGGAGAACCUCACAGCUAGCUGAGAAGCUCAGAGUGUUGAAGGCAGUGGGGAAUGCAGGCCUUGCAGCUUCUUCUUUCACCUCUGUGCUGAGCGCUUGUGCUCAGAAUGUUUCCAGCCCCCUGGAGCUGAGGCUUGCUGCUAUCCAUGCUUUCAGACGCAUCCCCUGCAGUGCUAAUAGAAAGGCUCUGGUCCAGUUGUACUGCUCAGCUCAGGAAGACGUAGAGGUCAGGAUCGCUGCAUACCAGCAGCUGAUGCGCUGCCCAGACCCACAGGUGCUGCGGAGAGUGAGGACUACUCUGAGAAAUGAGACAUCAAGCCAAGUGGGCGCCUUUGUCUGGAGUCACCUGACUCAGAUUCAGAAGACCGAGGACCCUCUGAAGCAGGCCCUAAUGGAGUCGCUGCCUGAUGACAUCAUCAGCAAAGACUUUGAGGCAGAAUCUUGGAAAUAUUCCUCUUACAUCGAUGCCACUAUGGACACAGGGUAUGGAGAUGUCAAUGUGGAGGGGGCCCUGGUCUUCUCACCCAGCUCCCUUUUUCCACGCUCUGCCAUGGCCAACCUCACCCUCCACAUUCUGGGAAGAGCCUUCAACCUGCUAGAGAUUAACGUCCGAGCAGAAAACAUGGAGCCUCUUAUGAAACAAGUGUUUGGUCGCCAAGCACCACCAUCUGAAGAGGAGGCUGGCCGCCCAGAAGCGCCUGAGAGGAAAAGGAGGAGUGGAGAAGCAGGGAAAGAAGCCAACGGUUUCUCAGACAGGAAGGAGAAGGCCUGUCGCAGUACCGGCUCGACUCGCCUCGGACAGGCCAAGGCUAAGUUUGCAGGGCGACGGUCAGGUGACACCAGGCCGCGGUGUGGGCUGAGCGUGAAGGUGUUUGGCGACGAGCUGGCCUUUGUUACCUGCGAUGACGUCAGUGCGCAGAUGAGGCAGCUGUCGCUCAGCCUGGCUGGAGUAGCAGUCAGACUGCUGAAGGGUCAAGAGUUGCAGCUCAACCGCAGAGCAGUGCUAGUUACGGAAGAGCUGGUCCUGCCCUCUCUUUCUGGCCUGCCUGUCAAGCUGGCCCUCAAUGUAUCUUCCUCUCUCAGCCUGCGAGUGAAAGGAAGUGCCAACCUUGUAAGCUGGUCCCACUUCUCAGUCUCUGGCUACAUCAAACCAAGGUACGUUGCCUGUCACUGA